UUAGUUAAUCACAAAAAGGUAAUAAUGUCUGACACAGGAUUAGUUGAGGAGGAGGAGGUGGCUGUAACUCACACAGGACCAAAGGGAGUCAUUAAUGACUGGCUUAAGUUUAAGCUGGAGAGUAUGGAUCAGGAAUCUUUGCCUCCCAACAAGAGGGAGCUGCUGAAACAGAUGUCAUCCCCACACAAAUUUAAGGAUGAGUCCCUGGGUAACUCAAGUCACAAGAUGAACAUCCAGGAGUAUGAGCUGCUUAAGGAGGAUGAUGAGCAAUGUCUACGCAAGUACCGCAAGCAAUGCAUGCAGGAGAUGCAUGAGCGCCUCAGCUUUGGUCCCAGGUUCAAUGGUGUGAAUGAAUUGGACAGCGGUGAGGCAUUUCUUGAGGUAAUUGAGAAGGAGCACCAUCUCACUGUAGUAGUGGUGCACAUCUACAAAGUUGGUGUCAAGGGCUGUGAGGUGCUGGACAGGUGCCUGGACUGCCUGGCUGUUGAGUAUCCCUGCGUCAAGUUCUGCCGCAUCAAUACAACUGUCUCUGGUGCAGGCGAACACUUCUCUGACAACCUUCUACCAGCCGUACUGGUUUACAAAGCUGGAGAGAUGCUGGGAAACUUCUUAGCUAUCACACAGCACUUCGAUGAUGAGUUCUGUGCCACAGAUGUGGAGGCCUUCCUCAAUGAAUAUGGACUGCUGCCAGAAAGAGAAUUCAGGCCAGGUGGGGAUGAGGCAGAUGUAGAGUGA